AUGGGUGAACCGACAACGGCUUCGGCCUUAGGCCUUCAAAAGAGCAUCACGGUCGAUACAAAGCCUGUCGGCGAUGGCCCUAAGAGAGCGGAUGGCGUGUCCGGAUUAUACGAGGGAAAUGUCUUCGAAGCUACACCCGACGAUCGUCGCCAGAUCGGCGUGAUUAGUGCUUCGUUCUUGAUCUUCAACCGUGUUAUUGGAACGGGUAUUUUCGCUACACCGAGUACAAUCCUUUCUUUGUCUGGAAGUGUUGGUCUAUCGUUGAUCAUGUGGGUCGCGGGAACUUUGAUCGCAAUGGCUGGUACUGCAGUUUAUCUGGAAUGGGGUACUGCUAUUCCAAAGAACGGUGGCGAGAAGAACUACCUCGAAUAUGUCUACAAGAAACCCAGGUUCCUAGUCACCGCCAUGUAUGCGGCCUAUACCGUUUUGCUCGGCUGGGCAGCUAGCAACAGUGUCGUUUUUGGCGAAUAUAUUCUGAAUGCUGCCGAUAUCGAAGUCGGUCGAUGGAACCAGCGUGGAAUUGGGUUGGCUUGUAUCACCGCCGCCUUCCUCAUCCAUUCCUUUGCUGUGAAAUGGGGUCUUCGUCUGCAGAACUUGCUCGGUAUCGUCAAAUUGGUCGUCAUCGUGUUCGUCGUCGUUACCGGAUGGGUGGCAUUGGCUGGCCAUAUGAAGAUCGAACCGCCGCAUAACUUUCGCAACGCCUUUGAAGGAACCACCGACAGUGGAUACGGUAUCGUUAUGGCGUUGUACAACGUCAUCUGGUCAUUCAUUGGUUACUCGAAUGCCAACUAUGCUCUGAGUGAGACCAAGAACCCUGUCCGCACGUUGAAGAUUGCAGCCCCGCUAGCAAUUGGGUCCGUUGGAAUCCUCUACAUGCUUUGCAACAUUGCCUACUUUGCUGCGGUCCCCAGAGAGCAGUUCCUCUCCUCGGGCCAGACUGUCGCGGCUACUUUCUUUGGAAAUAUGUUUGGUGCACGAGCAGAAAAGGUCAUGUCGGUCUUUGUGGCCUUGUCAGCCUUUGGAAAUGUCUUGUCUGUGAUCUUCUCGCAAGGUCGAAUUGUCCAAGAACUCGGUCGUGAAGGUGUUCUGCCUUGGUCUAAGAUUUGGGCUAGCAACCGGCCAUUCAACUCGCCGGCUGCAGGAUUGUUUGAGCACUGGGUUGUCUCAAUCAUCAUCAUGCUUGCCCCACCACCGGGUGAUGCUUACAACUUUUUGGUCAACCUCAUUAGUUACCCACUCUCUAUUGUCAACGCCUUCGUGUCCGGCGGUCUCAUCUACAUUUAUCUUACCCACGAGAAAAACUUUCCCAACUGGGCGCCCGGAAUUCGCGCAACGCUUCCCGUCACCAUCUUCUUCUUCCUAUCGAACGUGUAUCUCGUCGUUGCACCGUAUGUGCCGCCGUCCGCAGGCCAGAGCGUGUACAAAGAGCUGCCUUACUACCUGCACUGUGUGGUGGCUAUUGGCAUCUUUGCGUUCGGCGCAUUAUACUACCUCGUGUGGGCGGUACUGCUGCCGCGGUUCGGCAAUUACAUGUUGGUCAAAGAGACCGUGGUCGAUGCGGAUGGCUGGUCCAGAAGCGUCUUUACCAAGCUGCCAUUGGCAUCAUUGGGAGCAAAAGGGUCAACCGCGUCAUAG